CUUGAGAGCAUCCCUGGGAGGCAGCUCACCAUGGCCAACUCCAGCCACAUCCAGUCGGCCGCCUCCAAGAGCAUCCGCCCGUUCCGCUCCAGCGAGGAGUACCUGGAGGCCAUGAAGGAGGACCUGGCCGAGUGGUUCAACACCCUCUACGACCUGGACAUCCAGGUGGACACCUUCCUGGAGAGCCUGGAGACGGGCUGUCACCUCUGCCGCCACGCCAACAACGUCAACCGCACCGCCCUGGACUUCCAGGAGCGGCACCCCGAGGCGGCCGCCCGCAUGCGGGUGCCCCAGAACGAGGUGGUCUUCCAGGCCAAGAACGUGGUGCCCGGCUCCUUCAUCGCCAGGGAUAACGUCUCCAACUUCAUCCAGUGGUGCCGGCAGGACCUGGGCAUCCAGGACGUCCUCAUGUUCGAGACCAAUGACUUGGUGCUGAAGAAGAAUGAGAAAAUUGUCCUCUGCCUGCUGGAGGUGGCCAGGAGGGGCUCCAAGUUCGGGAUGCUGGCGCCCAUGCUGAUCCAGAUGGAGGAGGAUCGAGGGGAGAUGGAGGGACCAAAAUGGGCGACGGCGCGCUGGGCACGCGCCGGGAGAGCCGGGACCUCCAGGCGGGCGCCUUCCCCAGCCGGGCCCGGCCCAUCACCCUGCGACCUCAAGAACCUGGACGAGCUGGUGCGGGAGAUCCUGGGCUGCUGCUCCUGCCCCUCGCAAUUCCCCAUGGUCAAGGUGUCCGAGGGGAAGUACAAAGUGGGAGACUCCAACACGCUCAUCUUCGUCCGAGUGCUGAGGAGCCACGUCAUGGUGCGCGUUGGUGGCGGCUGGGACACACUGGAACAUUACCUGGACAAGCACGACCCGUGUCGCUGUGCUGCCCUCUCUCACCGCCUGCCCCAGCCCCCCCCCCGGGCAUGACCCCCCAAAA